AAAUAUCAAGAAGUAUAAAUCAAAAAACUACCAUGGGAUUGGAUUCCUUAAUUCCUAUGAUGUUCGCCGUGGGAAUCGGCUUGGUUCCAUUUAUAGGAAUCGAACGAUUAUUCAACAUAUAUGAUAAGUUGGAUCCUGAAUCCCUUCCAAGAAAUAUUCGUAAGUUAAAUACAAUGUAUGAUUUUAUCGUUGUGGGUGGUGGAAGUGCUGGAGCAGUAGUUGCUUCGAGGUUGUCCGAGGUAUCCAAUUGGAGCGUAUUGUUGAUAGAGGCCGGUGGUAAUGAGAACGAGAUUACAGAUGUUCCAAUUUUCGCGUCCUACAGUCAGUUAUCGGAAUUAGAUUGGAAAUAUAAAACCACUCCGUCAAAUUCUUCGGCUUAUUGUCUCGCGAUGAUAGAAAACAAAUGUAAUUGGCCACGAGGAAAAGUUCUAGGUGGAAGCAGCGUAUUAAAUACCAUGAUAUAUGUGCGUGGAAAUAGAUUAGAUUACGACAACUGGGCAAAAAUGGGUAACAUCGGCUGGAGUUACGAGGAAGUACUUCCUUAUUUUCUCAAGUCAGAGGAUAACAGAAAUCCUUAUUUACAGAAGUCACCUUACCAUAAAACGAAAGGCUAUUUAACUGUACAGGAAUUUCCGUGGAAAUCGGAAAUUGCUAUUACCUUUAUAAAAGCUGGACAAGAAUUAGGUUAUGAAAAUCGUGACAUUAAUGGUGAAAAUCAAACUGGCUUCAUGUUAACGCAGAGUACGAUUCGCCGUGGAAGUCGUUGCUCGUCAGCUAAAGCUUUCUUAAGACCGGUGAAGAACAGACCGAAUUUGCAUAUAGCUUUAAAUGCUCAAGUAUUGAAAGUGCUUUUCAAUAACGAAAAACGAGUUACGGGGAUAGAAUUUCUUCGAGAUGGAUUAAAACAAAUAGUCAAGGUAAAAAAAGAGAUCAUUUUAUCGGCUGGAGCAAUUAAUUCACCCCAAUUACUGAUGCUGUCAGGAAUAGGACCGAGAGAACAUCUCGAGGAAUUCGGUAUACCGGUAAUAUCUGAUCUGCGAGUUGGUGACAAUCUUCAGGACCAUGUUGGUCUCGGUGGAUUAUAUUUUACGGUGAACAAAUCUGUUACCAUAAAACAGUCAAACGUAUUAUCAUUACCAUCAUUCUUAAAUUAUUUAACAAAGGAAAACGGGGUUUGGACUACUACUGGAACCGAAGCAUUAGCUUUCAUUAAUUCUAAAUACGCUGAUUCAUUCGAUGUUUAUCCAGACCUUCAAUUUAUUUUUUUCCCAACGGGACUGAAUAGCUUUAAUAAAUAUUUAAAUAAAGUUGUGGGGAUUAAAGAUAUUGUUUAUAAUACCGUAUAUAAACAAUUAGAGAAUAUUGAAAAUUGGACGAUAUUGCCACUUUUAUUGAAACCAAAAAGUUCCGGAUGGAUUCGUCUAAAGAGUAGAGAUCCUCUGAUUCAUCCUGACAUUAAUCCGAAUUAUUUUGCUCAUAAAGAAGAUUUAGACGUCUUGAUAGAUGGUAUACAAAUUGCUAUAGCUCUUUCAAAUACAAGUGCAUUUCAAAAAUUUAAUUCAAAACUGCAUUCUGUGAAAUUGCCUGGUUGUGAACAAUUUAUUUUUGCUACGUACGAAUACUGGGAGUGCGCCUUAAGACACUACACUUUUACAAUAUAUCAUCCAGCGGGAACAUGCAAAAUGGGACCAAAACACGACCCAAAAGCUGUCGUGGAUCCAAGAUUAAGAGUGUAUGGUGUGAAAGGUUUAAGAGUUGUUGAUGCAUCCAUAAUGCCUGCCAUUACGAAUGGAAAUAUUAAUGCACCUGUUAUCAUGUUCGGCGAAAAAGCUAGUGAUAUGAUAAAAGAGGACUGGCGAUAGUAAAAAGAAAUUCAUUAUUUUUACGUGAACUUCAAGAUUUUAUUUACCAUGUUUCGAAUUGUCCGAUUUUGGUCAAAUAUGCAUCGUUUUGUUCUAUAAUUUGUUGCCAUUUUAAAGGUAGCUUCUUUUCUCCAGAUCUGACACCUUCUGAUUAUUAUUUGUUCCGGUCUUUAUAAAAUUUUUUAGACGGUAAAAGUUUUAGUUCAAAUGAGGAGGUCAGAAAUUACCUGGAUCAGUUUUUUGCCAGCAAAAAACAAAAAUCUUAUGAGCGUGGAAUCAUGCUACUGCCAGAAAAAUGGCGAAAGGUAUUGGACCAGAAAAUAGACAAUAUAUAUAAUUCAAUAAAAUAUUUUUUCACUAUAAGAAACUUUCAUUCUUUCAAUAAAUAGUGUUGUAAGUUGUAAGGCCUUGAAAAGAUGGUAGUUUGAUGGGACCAGAUCCAAAGAGUAAGUUGCAUAAGAACUUCCCAUCCCAAGGCUUAAAUGGUGAUUAUUAAACGAACCUUUUCGUUCUAAUUCAUAGUAUAAAAUGGUUAACUGUUGUUGGUAAUAGUCUCAUGUAGUUGUUGUUUGAUCUGUUGCUUAAUUGCAAUAGAUGCAUUUCUAAAGUUUAUGUGAUCCUACUUAACUUAAUCAGCGAUUAAUAAAAAAACUAUCGAAACAAUCGUCGUAGAUCUUAAACUUAUUGUGUAAUGUUCGUCUGUUUGAGCCAAUCGUUUCUGUCUUCUUAGUUUUCGAAAUUGUCUAAAUAUAUUUAUCUGUUUAUCAAAUAGCGUUUAAGGUCGCUAUCGAGUUUUAUUAUAUAUGAAUAAUUUUCAAAUUGAUUUAUUCUGAAUAUUUAUAAGAUGUUUUACAAAACAU